CAAAUCCCCUCAGCAGCCAGCCAGCCAGUCACUCACACCACUCCCCAAACCACCACCCCAGUAUCCGAUACUACACCAUCAUACCUCUCACCUACGGACAACGAAAUAUGCAAUAGCUACUAAUCCCACCACCUAGCGAACCAUCCACACUCAACUCCACCCAAGCAAAGAGACCCCAACUCCGCGAAAAGAAAAAAAUGCCCACCCCCUUCCCACCCAGAAAAACCUCAACACCCUCUAAACCGACCCCAAAAGCAAAGCCGAAAAGAAACACAAGUCUCUUAAACUUCUUCCAAAAAGCCGACGGGCCCCCGAAAGCCACGUCCCGACAAUCGCGGAUCACGCAGUUUGCGACGAAGACAGAGGAGGUGAGGAGGGAGGAUACUCUGCAUGGUGAUAGUGGAAGUGUGAAUGGAUCUGGGGGGUUGUUUUUGGAUGCGGGGAAGAAGGAGGGGUUGGUGAGUGGGGGGGUUGAGGGUGCAGGGAGGGGGAGAGAGAGGGAGAGGGAGAGGACGCCGGAGGAUAUUUGGGGGGAUGGUAUAGAGGAUGGUGAUAAGGUGGGAGAUGAGGAGGGGGGACGAUUUCAGGAGAAUGGGGGCAGUGUGAAGAGGAGGAGGGUUGAAGGGGAUACGACCAGUCCUACUACGGCUGCUACGGGAGAUGGGGAUGGUGAGAAAAGCAGUGAGAGUGGUGACGGCUCUGGGACGAAACGGGCUCCAGCUAAGGCUCGAGUCAGUGGCCCGUUUAUCGACGAGUCGGAUAGUGAGAGUGAGGACUUGGAGCAGUUUCGGGAGUAUGAGAAUGGGACUGAGACGAGCGAGAAGAAGACUUCUCUGAACGAAGAGACGAGUCAGGACAGAUCAGACAAGACGACAGACGAACAACGACUCUCCGUCGACACACCACCGGUAAGAAGAACCACGAGUCACGCCGAUGAUGAUUAUGCGAAUUUUGACGAUAUAGAAGAGGAUGCGUUCCGAGGGGAAGAAGAUUUCUUAGGUGCUUUUGACGACGAUGAGGACUUUACGGGUGAUCUCGAACUUGAAUUGGAUGGCAAUGGUGGCUCGGGAGAGGACUUUGGCUGCGAAGCGCCGGUGUGUCCGAUAUGCCAGGCAGUUCUAGCCGGCUUGACAGAGACAGACGUCUCGGUACAUGUCAACGACUGUCUUGAUGGGAAGCCUACGGUAUUGUCAAUAUCAGAGCCAGACCCGGACCCGGAUCCGGAGGUUUCAAAAGCAUCGAGUCGUGCGGACAAGGCGGCUAUCGCGAGACCGGCGCAGCGUGAUCCAUACGCCCCCGGCGUGGCCGGGACCAGAUCGGCCUUUUCGAAGCUCAUGGCGGGUAAUGCGGAAGACUCAGCAUGGACGGCGGCUGCAGCCAACGAGGUUGCGUCUCGUGGCAAACAGGCCUACCAACGGACGUGUCCGUUCUACAAAAUCAUCCCGGGAUUCUCCCUCUGCGUGGAUGCGUUCCGAUACGGGGCGGUGGAGGGCUGCAAUGCCUACUUCCUGAGCCACUUUCAUAGCGACCACUACAUCGGUCUCACCGGCUCCUGGCGCCAUGGACCGAUCUACUGCAGCAGAGCUACGGCCAAUCUUGUGUGUCAGCAAUUAAAGGUAGACCGGAAAUGGCUUGUGACAAUCGAGUUCGAGAAGAAAACGGACAUUCCUGGGACUGGAGGUGCGCAAGUGACCAUGAUCGAGGCAAACCACUGCCCCGGGAGCGCCUUGUUCCUUUUCGAGAAGCCUAUGGGCUCCGGUCCGUCGCAAAGGAUACACCGUGUCCUCCAUUGUGGUGACUUUCGCGCCUCGCCACUUCAUGUGCAGCAUGCCCUCCUUCGCCCUGAAGUCGUGGACCCCACGACCGGUAAGCAUCGCCAGCAACGGAUUGACGCUUGCUAUCUCGACACGACGUAUCUGAGCCCCAAGUACGCAUUCCCUAGCCAGGAAGACGUCAUCCAGGCCUGUGCAGAUCUCUGCGUGGAGCUCAACGGUGAUCAAGACGACAGCAACGGACGAGCGUUUGGACGAGCAGCCAAUGAGAAAAGCGGAAUGCUGAGCAAGUUUGUCACCACUGUCACUGGAUCCCGGUCAACUCAGACGCCAGCGCCACGCCCCUCUGGACGGUUGCUGGUGGUGAUCGGAACGUAUAGCAUCGGCAAGGAGCGUAUAUGCCUGGGGAUCGCGCGGGCGCUGAAGAGCAAGAUCUAUGCGACGCCAGCCAAGCAGCGCGUGUGUGCGUGUCUGGAGGACACGGAACUGUCGUCGCUGCUAACGGACAAUCCGCUGGAGGCGCAGGUGCACAUGCAGACGCUGUUUGAGAUCCGGGCAGAGACGCUAGCGGACUACCUGGACUCGAUGAAGCCGCACUUCAAGCGGGUGGUGGGAUUCCGACCGACCGGUUGGACCUACCGACCUCCCGCUGGGCGUAUCCUCGACAACCCGCCGGUGUCGGUGGUGCUCAACUCGGCCCAUUGGAAGACGCCCUUCUCGUGCCGGGAGCUGGUGCCGCAGCGCGGCAGCACGCGGGAGAGCGCAUGUUACGGGGUGCCAUACAGCGAGCACAGCUCGUUUCGCGAGCUAACCAUGUUCUGCUGCGCGCUCCGGAUCGGACGGGUGAUUCCGACCGUGAAUGUAGGCAGCCGGAAGAGUCGGGAGCGCAUGAAGGCGUGGAUUGAGCGAUGGGAGGCGGAGAAGAGGAAGAGCGGGUUGUACCCCGUGGAGGGAACUCGGUGGUAGUUCGGAGGGAACGGGAAAGGAACGUUGUACAGUGUACUACCAUAGUAGAUAAGAUUUGCCCCUGACUGGGGUGUCAUACAGAGUACAGGGUUAGUUGUUCAUAGAGAGAAUCACGUCCUUGCCUCCCCGGGGUCACGGGACUGUUCUGGAGACGAAUGACC